AUUAACGUUUUGGAACGUAUUUGCCGUUUUGUGCCGAACAUCGCAGACAUCGCAACGCUUUCUUGUCUGCACAGUGACUGCAAGGAAAAACUGCCAUUUUCGUCGGUAUAUACCUUGGCCUAUCACCUCACCGUCAAGCAUAACAGCCGCUCGAAGAUCGACAAACAAAUUCCAUGCAUUUUAUGCGAUUUUUCUUCACAUGUCUACACAGCACUGAUCGAACAUUUGAAAUCAAAGCACGACGAGUACUACACCGAGCAUAUUUCUGCGCGUGCGAAAAUGGAUGAAGUUAAUAAACGAGGACGUAAAGGAAAACAGGCAAAGGUUUGUUCACUUUGUUGA